AACACACCAGACCCCGAUCCGUCCGUCGUUGUAGCAAAUUGUCGUCUAUUUGUGUCCUUGGCUUGGCGUCCAAACUGUCACUUGGGUCGGACAGUCGAGAGACCAGAGAGUCUCUGGAGCAGAUUGUCUUCGUCCAUUUGGCUGGUUGGAUCUCGAUCUGACGAAGGCUCGACAGAAGUGAGUCGUAUCUUCUCCAAAAAACGAGUCAACGCUUCGGCAAAAGGAAGUCUUCUCAAGUCGAAUCAGAGACAUCUAAAACUCUCCAUCGUCAGAAAAACCGGCGACGUCGACUUUGCUCAUGUCACGAGAACUCUUUUUCGGUCAAUUCACGUCUCCAUUGUCCAUACUCACCGGUGCGCCGUCACCAGCCUCCACUCCCGUCAGGGCGUCCCAUAA